GCCAAACCUGACCUACAUACAACAGACAAUAUUUUACAUAAUAUGUAUUUUUAAAACACAAUUUUUCCUUUUUAUUUUGUUAAAUAUAUUUAUUGAAAUAUGGCUAUGGCUGAGAAGAAAAACGAGUACCCGCCGGGCGUCGAGGCAGACAGGAGGCUACUGUCUUUCGACACCUGGGAGGAUUAUUUAGAUUCUCUUAUUGAAAUUGCCGAUCUGCGUAAUCUCAGGAGUAUUACUACGGCCAGAACAAUAGCAGCGUUUGGUUACAGAGCAUAUGGUGAUACAUUAAGUGAGAAGGAGUUUUAUUCUCGUCGUGCUGUCAUACACGCUAUCGUGUUCCCCGUUGUCAAACCUUAUACUUUGGCCAGCGACGGAGCAGAUUUAGAAGAUCCAUUUAAUAGGGAAUUGGCAGUGCGAGAAAGAGCUAAUAGAAUUGGAAUUUUGCAGACAAUCAUAUUCAUUAGACAUUUCACAAAAGGCGGCUUCGAAAUAUCCGGUUAUAUAGAUUACGCCCACAAGCUUAUAUCGGAAAACUGGACCAUGUUCUUUAAAUCUAACAAAAUGUUAUGGCCUAAAGAUAACGAUUUGGGGUACUACCACUGGCGUCAUGGCACUGUAAGGAGUAAUAUAAGUAGAAAUUACAAGCCUUUAAUGGACCCAGAUAAAGGACUUCUUUUCCAAAACCGCCAUGAUCAUAAAAUAAUUUGUCCAGACCCACAACAGGAUCCUGGACAAAAUACAACAAAACAGAGAAUUUAUUCGCCGAGAGAGCUUCAAACAUUCCACUGGCAGUUGUUACUUCUCUGCAAUCGAAUAUCUAAAAAGAGGAAUAAAAUAUGUUCACAUGCUCGUGCAUUCCGCAGAAGCUUCAUCAUUAAAACAAAAAAGAAGAGACAUUGGUCAUCAAAUGCGUAAGAAAAAAUUAAAGUAUAAUACAACUCAAUGCUGAUGGUAAUAAAGCAAAG